CUCCUCAAGGCAUCAAAACAUCUACAAACAUCUCACCCCGCCCUCAGGCAAUCGCCAGAUCCUAUAACCAUCUUCCCUCACUGAGGCACCAUCCUGGAAAUCAUACGAGCCGCCCGGCGGGGAAAAAGUCUUCCCUCACCAACAACGUCAGGUCCCGCUACUCGGCCAGACACAGAAGGAGCCCGGGGCCAUUCUCCAGGGCCAGUGCUGAUUCGCCGUACCUGCCAAAGGCUAACAUCGAGGACUGCCUGAAAUGCCUGCUCCGAGUGCCACACAAGAAAUGUGAAUCACACAAGUACAUCCGUGUGGGAGGAGGCUACAGGCAUGGCUACUGGUACAUCAAGUGUCUCUUGGAGGAACUGGAGAUACAGAGACAGCGGGAGUUACUCAAGCAGCAGCGGUUGGCGGCUAUCAAAGAACACCGUGUCAAAGCUAUCAAGACCUACAUCCGCACAAAGAGCGGCCGCCUGGUUGAGAGAAUUAUCUUCCUAUCGGAGGAAGACUAUGAGGCGUUCAAAGAGGGGAAGAACAUUCAAGACCUACUCAAAAAGUACCUGACCGCGGAGGAGGCCAAAGGUCUGGAGUCUUGGGACAAGGACGAAGUCGUGGCCGUCAAGACGUAUGUCCGGACCAAGAGCGGCCGACUGGUGGAGAAGCUAGUCUACGUCUCAAAAGAAGACUAUGACGCAAUCAAAGCGGGGACGAAGGACGCCAAAGACGUUCUCAAAAAGUACGCUGCGGAAGGCGAGCAGAUCGAGGGAUGGGAGGAGGCGAAGAUGCGCACGAUCAAGACAUACGUGCGCACCAAGAGUGGGCGACUGAUCGAGAAAACCAUCAUGAUAUCAGAAGAAGACUAUCAGGCCAUGAUCAAAGAUGGCAAGGAUCCUAACGAGAUCAUAAAAAAAUACCUACCCCUGGAGGAGGGCCAGACAAUAGAAUCCUGGCAGAGCGGGGAACCCAUGAAGGCCAUCAAGACCAAGAUACGCACCAAGAGUGGGCGAAUCAUUGAGAAGACGAUCUAUGUCAGCGCUGACGACUAUGAGAGGAUGAUGGAGGUGAGGAAGGAAGGAGAGGGGAGGGAGGAGAAAAGGAAAGGGUGGUUGGAUGGGAACAGAAAUGUUGUGAAGACCUACAUUCGCACAAAGAGCGGCCGUCUGAUCGAGAAAACGGUGAUGUUGACGGAAGAUGAGUACAAUGCCUUUGUGGCUUCCGGUGGGAAUCCCGACUUCCUGAAGAAGUUCAUUGAACUCAAGAAAGGGGAGGUCAUCGAGGACUGGGAGAAAGCGUCCACUGUUUACUCCGCUACCGACGACCAGGAAGUUCAGCAAGGUUAGGUCAAGGUCGUCCAUUUGAUUCAUGCCUGAACGUAUUGUGCCAUUGUGAUUGUAGUUUGUAUGAAGCAAGACGUGAGAAAAGUCGGCCAUACUUCUGAUGCUGAUAGUGGACUGGGGUCCAUGUUUGACAAACACGGGAGGCGGAAAGGCAAGGGAGGGAAAGGAGGGAAGGGAGGGGAGGAGGAGGAGACAGCAGAGGAGAGGGCCCGGAGAAAGAAGGGAAAGAGAGAUAAAGACAGUGACAGUGACUACAGCUACAAGAGUGUUUACAGCGCUGGGGGAACGAAACGCGUUCGAAGACGACGCAAGAGAGCGGACGGGACAUACAGCGAUAGCGAGUCUUACCACAGCAGUAAGGACGGAGAUGGCGAUGCACGACGCCGGCGGCGGCGGCGAGAACGCGCGCAUGGCGGCAGCGCCCACAGUUAUUACAGCGUGGUCAGCGCUGGCGGCACGCGACAUGUACGGCGGAAGAAGAAGCGUGCAGAUGGCACGUACAGUGCCAGUGAGUCUUACCACAGGAGUGGUUCAGAAUCAGAUUCCGAAAGUGAGUACACAGAAAUGUCGGACGGGAAAGGAGGCAAAAUUCGCGUGAAGAAAGAAAAGACAGGCCGCGGUAAGAAAGGGCGGAAAGGAAAAGAGAUCCCAGAUUUCAGUGACGCCAGCACCGAUUCUGACGCAGUUGAUCUGGAGAACAUGACGGAAGAAGAGAAGAAGAAAUAUUUUGAAGAAAAAGCGAAGCGGAAAGCAGAACGAGAGAAGAGAAGAAGGGAGAAAUACGGGGACAAGUACGACGAGAUGAUGGCGGCGCACGAAAAAGAUCGAUCCUGUUACGGGGAAGAAGAAGAAGAAGAUGAAGGCAGGAAUGAGGAGAGUCAGCGGAGAUUAUGAAUAUGAGUACGAUGACAAAGGGCGAGUUAUACGAAAAACGAGAAUAGGAAAGGGAGGUGAUGACGACAGCGGAUCGGAGGUGGAGUACGAAUAUGAUGAACACGGGAACAUCAUCAAAGAAAUCAGGAAAUCCAAGAAAGGUGGAAAGGACGCAGGAGAUGAGUUUGAAUACGUCUAUGAUUCAAAGGGAAGGCUCAUCAAAAAGAUUCGAAAGGGAAAGGUGCGGCAGACUCCGAUGACGGCAACUACUUUGAAGUAGACGAAAAAGGAAAAAUCAAGCUGCGAGAGGGAAAGAAAAAGAUAGACUUGUCCAAGCUUACAGCCGACGAUCUGAGGAAACUUGGCAUCGAUCCCAAUCUCUCUAAACAAGAAAUUGCACGAUUACUCAAGCAAAAAUUCGGUGACGAUAUACAAAUCUUGGACAACCGGUCAAAGAUCGGCACCAAGCGUCUCUCUGAGUACGGGACUGAUGUGGACACAGAUGAUCUAGCCGAUGACAGUGACCUGGACAUUUCCACACUGAAAGGCACACGUCGAGUCAACGUAUUGAUGAAGAGAGGAGGCCAAACACUUUUGGAGCACAUGAAACGUGUGCUAGAGCAGUCACGUCUACAGGACGACACAUACGCCAAGGAUCUGGAUGAGAGAGAUGGUGAUAUUGACUUUUUGUCCCACUAUCGCCUUGUGGAUCCAAAGAAACUUGAGAGUUACGCCAGAGCUUUUGUCGUUGAGGAUGAAGACUUUGACACCGUCAUUCGUUCAGGGGAAACCAAGCAGGCUAUUGAUGGAAUUGCUAGCGUUAAUCACAUCACGGAAAAGCAGCUCGACUAUGUGUUUAAGGUGCUCAAAAUCGAUGACGCGACACAAGUGACGUUCCGAAUGUUCGCCGUCAUCUCGGCCCUGUGUGAGAGAGUGACCCAAAUGGAUCCUUUAAGCAAACAUCUACUGGAGAUCUGCGACUUGCUGGACGUGGAGAGGAAGAUGGAGCUGUACAAAGCAAUGUUCUAUACAAACGUCAACUCGGACCGUGACCCAAACUUCAUCAAAGCCGACUCGCUCAAGAUCGAGCUCAUCGCUGGCGGGCUCAACUGGAAGCAACAAGAAUUCAUUAUGGAAAAGUUGCAGCCCAAUAUCUUCAAUGAGAUUGCCGAUGCUACUGCAAGAGAAAGAAAAGUCGAAUUUGUCACGUGUAUCCAACUUGUCCAGGUCUUCUGUGGAGUUUUGACAGCAAUAGAAGAUCGGUGUAGACCAGCGAGCCAAAAACAGAUUUUAAUGAACUUGCCAAAAAAAAGAAAAGGUGUGCAGACGACGCGACUUUGUCUUGGUCAAAGCCUUGACUCGGUUGUCAUUCAACUCUGAAUUCAGUAACGACUGAUACGAGGGCAUGCAAGCAGAAUAUUCGUGUCGUGUCUUCUGCACACCACAUGACUAGCGCACAUCGUAUGGGACGCAAACAUUUUCAUGUUAUGACUUCAUAACUCUUGUCAUACCUCUGGACCUCACCUGUCUGCUAAAAUUGCUUGACUGCGGUGCAAAUUUGUUAAAUUCAAAUAUGUGUAUCUUGGCACUACGGUGUCAUUCUACUUCGACAUUUCAUUGAGAGUCAUUUUUGUAAGCGUGGGUGGAUUUCGAAGUGGAAUGAAAUCGCGUCACAAAAUUCCACUUCGAUAAAACGCAUCACUCUUUUCUUUACUCUCCCUUGUCUGUCAUUGACAAUUUCCUGAUAAGACACACCAAAGUGAAAACAUGAGCUUUUUUGUUGAAAAAAAAAA